UCAGCUGCCGGCUGUAGCUUCCCAGGGGAGCCGGGUACCACCCGGGCCUGGAGACAUGAGGAGGCAGAGAUGUGAGAGGCGGGGAACAGGACAGCCAACCUUGUAUUAGAUGUCUGCUCCUCCAGCAGUAGCCCACCCUGCCUAUUGUCGAUCUGGAGACCCACCCCGCCUAUUGUCGGUCCAGGAGGCCAGGGUCGCAGCAUCGGCUCCUUAAAGGGACGGAAGAUGCCUCCUUGCACACCCACCUUCGGUAGAGCAUAAAGAAUUCUGUGCUGGGGAGGCCUCCGAGAAAGCCGAAUCCAUCUACCGCCGUGGGGCCAGAAGAUGGAGGAAGCUAUACCGCGCCAACGGCCACCUCUUCCAAGCCAAGCGCUUUAACCGGAGAGCUUACUGUGGCCAGUGCAGCGAAAGGAUAUGGGGUCUCGCGAGGCAGGGCUACAGGUGCAUCAACUGCAAGCUGCUGGUCCAUAAACGCUGCCACGUCCUCGUCCCGCUGACCUGCAGGAGGCAUAUGGAUUCUGUCAUGCCUUCCCAAGAGCCUCCAGUAGAUGACAAGAACGAUGGUGUAGACCUUCCUUCAGAGGAAACCGAUGGAAUUGCUUAUAUUUCUUCAUCUCGGAAACAUGACAAUAUCAAAGAUGAUUCUGAGGACCUUAAGCCUGUCAUCGACGGGGUAGAUGGGAUCAAAAUCUCUCAGGGGCUGGGGCUGCAGGACUUCGACCUCAUCAGAGUCAUCGGGCGUGGGAGCUAUGCCAAGGUCCUCCUGGUGCGGCUGAAGAAGAACGACCAGAUCUAUGCCAUGAAGGUGGUAAAGAAGGAACUUGUCCACGACGACGAGGAUAUCGACUGGGUGCAGACAGAGAAGCACGUGUUUGAGCAGGCAUCCAGCAACCCCUUCCUGGUUGGCUUACACUCCUGUUUCCAGACAACGAGCCGGUUGUUCCUGGUCAUAGAAUAUGUCAACGGCGGGGACCUCAUGUUCCACAUGCAGAGGCAGAGGAAGCUACCAGAAGAGCACGCCAGGUUCUAUGCUGCUGAGAUCUGUAUUGCUCUCAACUUCCUACAUGAGAGAGGGAUCAUCUACCGGGACCUGAAACUGGACAACGUCCUCCUUGAUGCUGACGGACACAUUAAGCUGACGGACUACGGCAUGUGCAAGGAAGGCCUAGGCCCAGGCGACACAACAAGCACUUUCUGUGGAACCCCGAACUACAUUGCCCCUGAAAUCCUGCGAGGAGAAGAAUACGGGUUCAGCGUGGACUGGUGGGCGCUGGGCGUCCUCAUGUUUGAGAUGAUGGCUGGGCGCUCUCCCUUCGAUAUCAUCACGGACAACCCUGACAUGAACACUGAAGAUUACCUUUUCCAAGUGAUCCUGGAAAAGCCAAUCCGGAUCCCCCGCUUUCUGUCCGUCAAGGCCUCACACGUCCUGAAAGGGUUUUUAAAUAAGGAUCCCAAAGAGAGGCUUGGCUGCCGGCCGCAGACUGGAUUUUCUGACAUCAAGUCCCAUGCCUUCUUCCGCAGCAUAGACUGGGACCUGCUGGAAAAGAAGCAAGCCCUGCCUCCCUUCCAGCCCCAGAUCACAGAUGACUAUGGCCUGGACAACUUUGAUACGCAGUUCACCAGUGAGCCCGUGCAGCUGACUCCAGAUGACGAGGACGUCAUAAAGAGGAUUGACCAGUCUGAGUUUGAAGGCUUUGAGUACAUCAACCCGCUUCUGCUGUCUGCUGAGGAGUCCGUGUGAGGCCAUGAGCGUCUCCGUUGUGGACACGCCUGUGAAUGACCCUGUCACUUUACCCUUAACCACAGCAUAUGCAUGCCAGGCUGGGCACGAGGCUCCGAGCAGCCAAGGAGGGAUGCUGGCCACCGAGACCGCAGAGGGGCAUCCAGCAGGCACUUCUGGACAGAGCAGUCUCUUGUGUCCAGGCCCCAGAGGCUGGCUUUGUGCUGGAGGAAUAGCUUCCUGUGCCCGUGGCAGCCCUACCAGAGGGCAAGACAGUCACGCCAUUCUGAAGGUGCACAUUUUCCACAGAAACAGAACUCGAUGCACUGACCCGCUCCAGGAAAGUUAGCGUGUAAUGCCCUGAGGAAUAAAAUGUACCGAUGAUGUCGAA